AUGGCAGAGGACACCAUCACGUUUCUUCGUACCGUUGGGAAACUGAAGGAAACGGAUCGCACGGGUUGGGUUGAGCACGGCAUCCCAAACCCCGAAUCGGUGUCAGAUCACAUGUAUCGCGUUGCGGUCAUGUGCAUGAUGUGUCCUGACGAGAAACUGGACCGAAAUAAACUGAUCCGCAUGGCGCUCUGCCAUGAUGCGGGCGAGAGCAUCGUUGGUGACAUCUCCCCCAAAAUGGGUGUUUCCAAGGAAGAUAAGUAUAAUCAAGAAAAGGCGGCGGUUUUGCAUCUUACCGGUUUAUUGGAAAAAGAAUCGCCCUUGUCUAGGGAGCUUCACGAGCUAUGGGAGGAGUACGAGGCGCAGCACACACCUGAAGCACAGUUUCUCAAAGAUAUUGACCUUUUGGAGAUGGUGGCACAGGCACAUGCAUAUGAGUUGGCUCACCCUAAGAAAGAUCUAAGUUCAUUUUUCGUUUCAGGGGAAAAGAUCAAGCACCCAUGGGCAAGGAAUAUUUAUGAAACACUCCUGCGUACUCGUUCAUCGGAAAAGUGA